GCGUUCCGCAGCUUUCUCCGGGUGAUGAGUUUGCCGCGCUCUCCACGAAUGGAUGCUAUCGCGCCUGCGAUCACCUCAUCCUGGGCACGGUGAGCAAUUGGGCAGGCUCCGCAUUCGAAGCAGCGGCAGAGGUCCUCUACCCGCUGGUGCCCAAAAAGCCGAGAGAAGGCAGCUGGACACCUGCAGACCUGGAGGAGAAGCUCCUUCGAAGCAUCAUG